UAGAUACAAGACUAUCGUUCAAACUCGUAAUCUCUUUACGCCUCUUAGCGCACGGACGGUACAACCGAAUACUACAGAUUAUGUUCGGCGGUGCACUUAUCCGACUCUCUCGCUCUCGGGGGAUGCUCCGUCUCACCCCCCGCUUUGGGGAGAAGCUGGGUGCGGAUACAGCACUGCGAGAGGCGCGCGCGAGAUGAUACGUCCCUCUCUCGUGGACCAUCGAUCGAGCCUUGCGCGUUCAGGAGAGGCUGGCCAUAUUCCCCCGAUCUCCCGAUCCCUUUGAGGCGUCGUGUUCCCUGCUAGUCGAUGCCGCGGACCGAGGGCUCGCGCGAUUCUGGCCUCGCAAGUCGCGGCGUAGAUCGUAGGUGAGCAACAUCAUCAUGCGGCUUCGCAAUCCGGCUAGUUAGACGCGCUCUCGGUUCCAUCCUUCUUUUCUCUCUCUCUCUCUCUCUCUCUCUCUCUCUCUCUUUCCCCCAUCUCUUCAUGAAGCCCCGCUUUCGACCGGGGUCGCGGUCGUUUUAAGUUGAACCGUUUCGGCAACGUCUACGUCGUCGUCGUCGACCGUCACUCCACCGUCGAGGAUCACCGUCCAGGCAAGCGGCAGCUCCUCGGGGAAGAACGCCGGAAGAUCGGAAGGGCUCUCGUCGUUCGGUAAGCGCGACCCUCUCGUUGAUACAACCGGGAGAACAGGACCUUUGUGCGACCUAGAGUUCCUCGCGAUCUCCACGGAGAUGCUUUCACGGGCUCGCAUUGAUUGUUCUAACGCCGAUUAUCUUGCUAGGAGACACACUGUGGGAUUAUACUUUGCCUCGCUCCCUCCUCAGAAAAAAAAACCACCCAAUUUUGUACACAGUCGCUGUAAUUGUUUCUGCGUGAGACUCCUGUAAAAGGGAUUAUACAAGGUAAACAUGUCGCCGUAGAAGCAACAGAUAGAGAGAAAUGGCGAAUUUCCGUGGAUUUUACAUACCCUCCUUCGGAGCUACGGUCAGCGUCGCCUGGGAGACCUUGAAGGCCAAAUGGCCGGAGAACAGUCCGUGCAUGGAGCUGAUCCGCAGUGCUGGCAGAGGCGGCGACGGAGGUGACGGCGGCGGUAGCACGGGCCAAGGCCGGGACGGUCAGUUUAAGUCAUUUGACGAGGGCGGCGACAACACCGAAAUGAUGACGAUGAACGGGGACCAGGCCUAUCAAGACCCGGCGGUAGCUGAGGAUUCCUUCAGCUACCAGAGGAAUGGGGAUAAAAUCCGGGCCGGGAGCAUGAGUAGCGGUGAAUUCAGCGAGUACGACGAGGGCGGCGGAGAGUUCGGCGCGGCAGGUGUCAAGAUCAACGAAUGGCAGGCCGCCUGGAACGUCACAAACGCUAUUCAGGGAAUGUUCAUCGUCUCGCUGCCGUUCGCCGUUCUACGCGGCGGCUACUGGGCGAUCGCCGCGAUGAUCGGCAUCGCGCACAUUUGCUGCUACACCGGCAAGAUCUUGGUCGAGUGUCUUUACGAGCUGGACACGGUGACCGGUCAACGGGUGCGCGUGCGAGACUCGUACGUAGCGAUCGCCAAGGAAUGCUUCGGUCCGACAUGGGGCACCCGUGCCGUCAACAUCGCGCAGAUCAUCGAGCUGCUGAUGACUUGUAUCCUGUACGUGGUCGUGUGCGGCGACCUGAUGAUCGGCACGUUCCCAGAGGGUGCGAUCGAUACACGCAGCUGGAUGAUGCUGAUCGGCAUCUUCCUGCUGCCGCUCGGUUUCCUCAAGUCGCUGCAACACGUCUCCAUGCUUAGCUUCUGGUGUACAAUGUCUCAUCUCUUCAUCAACGCGAUCAUCAUCGGUUACUGCAUCCUGGAGAUCGGUGACUGGGGCUGGUCGAAGGUGAAGUGGACGUUCGACACGGAGAACUUUCCCAUCUCGCUCGGCGUGAUCGUCUUCAGCUACACGUCGCAGAUCUUCCUGCCGACCCUCGAGGGCAAUCUCAUCGAUCGCUCCAAGUUCGACUGGAUGCUCAACUGGAGCCAUAUCGCCGCGGCCGCGUUCAAGUCCCUGUUCGGCUGGAUCUGCUUCCUGACCUUCCAGAACGACACGCAGCAGGUGAUCACCAACAAUCUACACUCGGCCGGCUUCAAGGGCCUGGUGAACCUCUGCCUGGUGGUCAAGGCCGUGCUCUCGUAUCCGUUGCCGUAUUACGCCGCGUGCGAGCUCCUGGAGCGGGCCUUCUUCCGCGGCCGGCCGAAGACGAUCUUCCCGACCAUCUGGACGGUGGACCGCGAGCUCAAGGUCUGGGGCCUGGCUUGGCGAAUCGGCGUGAUCGUGUUCACCAUUCUGAUGGCGAUCUUCAUACCCCACUUCAGCAUACUGAUGGGCUUCAUCGGCUCGUUCACCGGCACUAUGCUGUCAUUCAUUUGGCCGUGCUACUUCCACUUGAAACUCAAGGGGAACUCGAUGGAUUUGGGCGCUGUCACAUACGACUACUGCGUCAUCAGCCUCGGUGUCAUCUUCGGCGUGGUCGGCGUGAUCGACUCCGGCUCCGCGCUCAUCAAGGCUUUCAAGAUCGCCUCAUCGCAUCGGCGUUUCUAUGUUACUUUUACAUUCGACGACGACGAGGUCGCGCGAUUCUUUCGGCCCGUCGAGACGGAGAGCGCGAGCGCCGGAGAGAAUCUCCGCGCUCGCGUUUAUUCGCGACAGCCAUCCAUCACCACUCGCCGCGCAUUCCAACCACGGCGAUUGUUUUUCCACUUAUUCCGGGAGCUUUGUAGAUAAAACGAGGCUUAGAUCUAGCGAGCGCGCUCGAUUAAAACGUGACGAUAUCCCACAGAGAGAGAUUUAUAAGAAGUGUACCUUCCGUGAGUCUUCCUUACGAUGCAGUUGCGAGGAGUACAGCCUAACUAACUUAUAUAGUUGACUACUGUUACCGUAUUUUGGAUUUUAUAAUUGUAUUCGCGGAACUCAAGCCUGCGCGUGGUAUCGUUUUCGCGCGACGCGUUGAAUAGUUAGUCGCGACGGCGCAGCACGGCGCGGCGGUCGCGUACGAUCGAUUCGAACAUCGGCCGCAUUCGGCAGAAUAUUUAUUUUACUACUGUUGGAACUGUUUUCUUGAGAUUGGAUUAUUCCUUUAAAUCUAAAAGAAUAAUCGAAUCUCAGCUCAGAAAGCUGCCAAUAGUUGCAAAAUAAACGUUCUGCUGAACGUGGCUAUUUUUCUCGACAGAUUUCGGAACGCGUCGCAUUUUCAAAAUUUCGAGUCGUAAAAAGAAUGAAGCGAUUGUGCAUGAGCGUUUGGAUAAUUUGGUAAAAACCCUGAGUAUUAAAACCGCACACACACACACACACAUUUUUGUGAAAAAUUGCAUCAAGGAGAAACACGGGACACACGGUUAUAUGAUUUGUGAUUCAUCGAACAUUCACAGCAGCAAACUGGACCGUUCGAUCGUAACCCCUGAUAAUUCGAAGUUCGAGUUUCUCUUGCCACGAUGUAAUUGUUCACGAAAACGCAUAAUGUAUUAGGGAGUUUUUGCAAUAUCAUCUCUUAGAUAUGAUAAACGCUAAAGUUCGUUCCGAUAUUCACUGCCAGUACUGCGAAUCUACCCAGCAAACACCUAAUAGUAACAUAACAUCAAUAUUAUAAUUUCCCACUCAAAAAUGUAACUGUUACAUAGCAUGCGCGUUAUAAUUACACUUAUAUUCUUGAGUGGGAAAUUAUAACAUUAAUGUUAUGUUACUGUUAGUUGGUGUUUGCCGGUUUACAGUUUGUGUUACGUACUAUGGAUUUGAAGUGCUGGCUAUGAUUAUCGAGAUGCACUUUAGCGUUUAAUAUUGCAAAAACUCUUCAUUUAUUAUCACGACAACGGUAAUCCAACGGACGCGUUUUUUGGAGCCUGCGAGAAGAGCCCGCCGUGCCGCCGUAUAUUUAACAGGACGCAAGAGGAUGCGCCAACAGCAGUUAUGUAUGUACAACCGAGUACAAUUAAGCCGUUUAAUCCAACGUCUUCCAAGAUCUGACAGAGAUACGUAUCGUUAGGUCGCACGUUAGUUUAAGGAGCGAGUAUAAACAAACGUAGAGACGUCCCGUGAGAGCUGCGAGGUAUUCCGACGACUCGAGGGAAACGGGAUCAGAACGUACGGACAAUAAUGAUCGAGAUUCUCGUUUCUUCUCGUAGAUAUUUAGAUAACACUAAGACUCGCUAUACGUUCCCGGGCAGUAUAGACUGCUGAGAGUCUUGAAGAUAUUUAAAAGACGUCCGAAAAAGUAAGACGUCGUUUAGAUGAAUGUAAGAUUUUUCUAGAAGUUUUUCAAAUAGCAGGGUGACAUCAAAUGACGUUUUAAUGAUAUCUUACUGACAUUAGAGAUAUCAUUAAGACGUUAUUACGUCAUUUGGUGUCAUCUUGCUAUUUAGGUUGCGCUGUUUGGAUCACCGAAUAUACUCCCGAGUAUAUACAGAACGUUCCAACUGCGAUUAUUCCUUUCCAGGGAUUCUUGGACUUACCGUUUUCCCUCGCAGCGUCGGCGUUCCGCAGACACGGAAAAUUAACGAUCGUGAAACGAGUCUUCCAAUAAUGUCUUCCAGAUCGACGACGUCGAUCAAGAUAAUAACAAUAAUAUAUACAUAUAUAAAUAUAUAUAAAUACACACACAUACACACACAUACACACACACACAUAUAUACUAACAAUAAUGGUAAUGAUGUAUCACUAUUUAUUGAGCAAAGAUUUUUUGUCGAAUGAUAUUGAAUAUUAUAUCGAGAGUUGUAGGCGUUAAGCGUUAACAUGUAAGGUUACGAUCAUGGUAUAAUUGAUGUUUCAUAUCAAAGGAUAUAUCGAUGACACAAUGUAAGUAACAUCGCGCUGUUUCACGAGAAAUCAAUUUAGAGCGUUAAUGAGGGAUCAUCUUCUUUAUAUCGACAACAAUUAUCAGAAAAAUAGUUAGACGGGUGUCACACAUCGGAAUCCUCUUCGUGGUUGCGAAGCGGCAAUCUAAAGAGAGAAUACGGAUCGAAUAGCAACGUUAUUUACCCUACGAAACUGUCAACGUAUAGUCAUCGAGCUGACAACGAGGAUGAAUAAUGGUUUAGAGGAAUAGUUAAGGAAAUAUGUUACGGACGAAGACGGUAGUCAAAGAGAACCACGAAGAGGCAUUAUCCGGAGACUUCGAUGUCCUUGUCGCGGGCAUCUGUAGGCUUGUAAAGCGCUUUCGCAGAAAUAUCCAUAUUUUGUGGCGUCUCGAGAGGAGCGAACCUCAUCUCGGUGUUGUGUAGGCAGAAUAUUACUUAUAAACGUUACAAGAUGAUGUAAAACGGCCUCCGUAUAUUAACGAGAAUAUAUGAAAAUAUAUUAUCCGUAUGUGAGUAUACGAGGGGUGAAAAUAUAUCGACAAAAUUUUACGGACUCGUAUCGUUCUUCAUUCGCAUCUUCACCCAGAAUUACGUAAUCCGUUCUUUUUUGCCAGCUAAACUAGCUGCACUAAUUCAAGAAAUUCACGCACACUGAAGCGUGAGAAUCUUGCAUGUACGUUUCAUACGCUUCAAUGUAUAUGUCAAUCUCCUGAACUGGUGCAGCUAAUUCAGCUAAAACGAACAGACUAAUCGCAUCAUCUCAUGCAAAGAAUGAUCACUAGGGAGAACUCACAGAAGAGGUAAAUUACAUACAAAUUACAGACUAACAUUACUACAAUUACGUUACUCUCCUGUUUUUGUGAAGAAGUUUUCCUCGCUUAUUUUCAGACGUGUAUUUGUAAGAGGAGUUUCGUGAACGAGGGAUCUUGGAUCGGUGUUUUGACAGAUUAAACGCGACUCGAUUCGUUAACAAUACUUUAUUGCCACUUUUUCUCACAUUAAAGUAUCCUUAGAAAUGCAAAAGGCUAUGGCUGAAAAUAACAAAAAUUAUGGAGGCUUCAAAUUUCUCAGUACUGGAUAUGGCAACGUUACGCCUUUCCUCUUCAAUGAUUAAGAAAGAAAACGA